AUGUCGCUUUCGGGAGAUCUUGUUGAAGAUGACGACUACGUCACUAAGCUCCUCGUCGAGGAUGGUAGGAGGAGCUCGAUGCGGUAUGCCUCCCAGGGCCUGUCUGCCCUGCUGCCCAAAAGACCUCCUGGUUCAGCACCGAAGCCGAAUACCCGCUUUCUGAAGACCCUCGUUCGAGAAGCCGAUAGCCACAAUGCCAAAUUGAAAGAGAAGGAAGAAUUGGAGGCAAGGAUCCGUCUGAAAAGGAUCAGAGACGCUGAGCAGAGUUCCAAGGGACUUGGGCGUGGGCGGGAAAACGAAGGGCGUCAUGACCGGGAGCGGAAGCGAAGGCGAUUAAGCGACGACAAGGGAUCCCGGACAGACGAACGUGAGAGAGGCCGAGAUUCAAGACGGAGCAGGAGCCCUGAGCACAAGCGACGACGGCGACGGCGGCACGAGACGGACGAGCCCGACGAGGGCUCAAACCACAGAAGAACCCGACACCGCAUCUCAUCGCACCGACCUAGAUCUCGUUCACGGUCUAGGUCUAGAAGUCGGGAAAGGAAGGAGAAAGAGAGAAAUAUAAAAGACAGGCAAAAGCAGGGGCAUGAGCGAAAGUCUCGCCGACAUUCUCCACCCACUGAUCCAGAGCCUGAAGGACAAAAGGGCGUGAAACAUGGCACUCGCACGCCUUCAAUAUCCUCCACUUCCACCACUGACGAUCCUCUCUCGUAUCUCAUCGGCCCACGCCCAACACCGCCCGACGACCAAUGUCCGCAGCGCCGUGGCCGAGGCUUCCAUCACCGGUCGUUGCAUCAGUCCCGCUCGAACAUCGACGCCCACUUCUCCCCGACAUACGACCCCUCCACGCACGACGCGGGCCUCGUCGACUCAGAUGACCUUAACCCGGAAGACGGAGAAGGCGACCAGGACGAAUGGACGUCCGCCCUCUCCGCGCUUCGAGACCGGAGAGCGUGGCGCGCGAAGCAGGCCGAGCGCAUGAAAGACGCGGGCUUUAGCGAGGAGGAGAUCAAGCGGUGGGAGAAGUCUGCUUCGUCUCGUACCCUGCUGGCCGGCAGCGGGGACGGGGGCGAAGAAGGCGACGCCCGCGACGUGAAAUGGCGCAAGAAGGGCGAAGAGAGGGAGUGGGACGUGGGCAAGGAGAGAAACCCCAGCCCCAGCCCGAGCGACCAUGGCGUUGUCGACAAAGCCCACAAGACCGCCAGGGAGGCCGACGGCGCGAAGACCGAAAAAAAGAAAAAAGCGAGAGGUGCUGGUGCUGGUGCUGGUGCUGAUUCCGCAUGGCGCCGACCCCAGAACGCCUUCCUGAAGCAGUUCAAGAGCGCUCUCCGCUGA